AAAAGGCAGUUGAGAGUUUGACGAGCCGAAACCAACAGAUGCAUCAGUUGCUUCUUCAGAUUGGUGUCUUUCAAGCUUUCUGGAAUGGUGGAAAACAAUAGAAUUCUAGAAAGCUUACUAUUCGAGUGGGAAAAUUUCCACUCCAUCGAUCAUCACAAGCAAAAACAGUCGCCGGAAGCGAAACCCAAUCGCCAAAUCAAACAGCAGUGGUCGAUGGUGAUGAUCAGAGAUUCCGUUUCCCGCAGCGACCUCUCCGUUUUCCCUCCCGUAGACCACGAAAACCUGCACCGUCAAAUCGAACAACCGCUACGGGACCCACCUUCCGAUUCGACGCUUCAUCCGCCUCCCGACGCCGGCAGAGUUGUUUCUUCAUCCUGUGGUCGUGGGAUCGGAGAAUGGCUUGGAAUAGGGGCCGGGAUUUUGCGUGCUAAGAUCGUUGGCCUCGGUAGCUAUUUCGGUUAUAGAGACGGGACAAUUGGGAAGGCGUUUCGGUCUUUCCGAGGGGUUAUUGACUUCGCGACGAUGGUGCUGUUGUGGUGGUUGUGCAAGCGGAUAUGGCGGAUGAGGCGACGGAAAGAAAGCGUGGCACGGUUGAGGAUGAUCAUAAAGGAGAAAGAUGAGAAAAUUGUGGGGUUGUUGAACCAGAUUGCUGAAAUGAAUAAAGUAUUGGUAGAACGCCAUAAACUUGUAGCUUCAAGACCGACCCAUUAAUGGCUUCUUCAAUGUCAACAUCAUAUGAAGAUGAAGACCGGCAAAUUGAUGGCGAAGCGUUUUAGUCUUAGGGAACUAGGGAGUAUAUUUAUUU